GAGGAUGACUUGGAGGCCGCGCUGUUCAACAUUCAGAAUGCUCCCUUCCAAAUGCGUGUCACCGAUCGACUGGGUUUUCAUUCCCACAGCCGGAGUACUCGAUUUUCCGACGGUGCGGACAAUGUACUGGAUGUCACUGUGGGCCGCCAGCGGAAUGGAGGAUCGGUGCGCUUUGGUGAUGAUGCUGGCAGUAGUUUUGUACAGCCAGCGCCCACAGAUCUUCGUCAUAAAAUCAAUGCCCAACAUAAACCGGACGAUCUGCGUAGCCAUCUGAACCACAUGCCCCAUGAGAAUGCAAAAGUUUCGCUGGAGGAUACCGCGACGGCGGUGCGCCGGGUGAAUGCCGACAUCGCCAACGCACCACUGCUAGAUGAGCCAACAAACAGCCACGGCUUUCGUCCCAUUAAAAAUAACGUGGCGUUCCCGGAUGAGGAGCGUCACAUUCGGAUACAGGACAAUCCAGAUUCCCCGGCUAGUAUCAACAUGGGGGAAGGCGGCGAAGCAGACGAUUAAGUUGACCAUGAUCAACCGGCUGGGACCUGUACCCAACGCUUCCACGUCCAACGCACCGAGCAGUCCUCCCGCUCCGUGAGGAUGGAAGCGACACGCUGCAAAAUCGCCCGAAGCCGUUGGUUUUGCGCCAGUUUUACGGCCGC